CGACGUGACUUACGGCCACCCCUGGUCGCGCGUCGUUGGGCUUGAAUGUGAGCGCGGGAGUGCAAGCGGGAGAGCGCCUGCUGGUCCGCCGGCCGGGAUGACCCAGUCGGUGGUCGUACAGGUCGGGCAGUGCGGAAACCAGAUCGGCUGCUGCUUCUGGGACCUGGCGCUGAGGGAGCACGCCGCGGUCAACCAGAAAGGAAUUUAUGACGAUGCAAUAAGCAGCUUCUUCAGGAAUGUGGAUACCAGAGUGGUCGGUGAUGGUGGCAGUAUUUCCAAAGGAAGAAUAUCUUCUUUAAAAGCGCGAGCUGUUUUGAUUGACAUGGAAGAAGGAGUAGUGAAUGAAAUUCUCCAAGGACCACUGAGAGAUGUGUUUGAUAGCAAGCAGCUCAUCACUGACAUUUCUGGCUCAGGAAAUAAUUGGGCUGUGGGUCACAAAGUGUUUGGCAGUCUUUACCGGGAACAGAUUUUAGAGAAACUCCGGAAGUCAGCAGAGCACUGUGAUUGCUUGCAGUGUUUUUUCGUCAUACACUCCAUGGGGGGAGGAACAGGGUCUGGACUCGGCACAUUUCUGUUAAAGGUCCUGGAGGAUGAAUUCCCAGAAGUGUACAGAUUUGUGACAGCCGUUUAUCCUUCCAGUGAGGACGACGUCAUCACCUCACCUUAUAACAGCAUGCUGGCCAUGAAGGAAUUGAACGAGCACGCAGACUGUGUGCUGCCCAUUGACAACCAAUCUUUAUUUGACAUCAUUAGCAAAAUUGAUCUUGUGGUAAAUUCUGGAAAGUUGGGUACAACUGUGAAGCCUAAGAGUCUAGUUACUUCGAAUAUGGGGGCUGUUACAAAGCGCCACAAGAAGCCUUUUGAUGCAAUGAACAACAUUGUGGCCAAUCUGCUCCUCAGCCUGACAAGCUCUGCAAGAUUUGAAGGAUCCCUGAAUAUGGACUUGAAUGAGAUCAGCAUGAACUUGGUUCCUUUCCCUCAACUUCACUAUCUGGUGUCAAGCCUUACACCUCUGUACACUCUGGCAGAUGUUAACAUCCCCCCUCGAAGAUUGGACCAGAUGUUUUCUGAUGCCUUCAGUAAAGAUCACCAACUCAUGCAAGCCGAUCCCAGACACAGUCUGUACCUCGCCUGUGCCCUCAUCGUUAGAGGAGAUGUACAGAUUUCAGAUCUUCGCAGAAAUAUUGAAAGAUUAAAACCUGCUCUGCAAUUUGUCUCCUGGAAUCAAGAAGGCUGGAAGACUAGCCUGUGUUCGGUACCGCCUGUGGGUCACUCCCAUUCAUUAUUAGCUUUAGCCAACAACACGUGUGUGAAGCCCACCUUCAUGGAACUGAGAGAGAGGUUCAUGAGGCUCUACAAGAAGAAGGCUCAUCUCCAUCACUAUCUGCAAGUCGACGGGAUGGAGGAAAGUGCUUUUGCAGAAGCUGUGUCCUCUCUGUCAGCACUCAUACAGGAGUAUAAUGAACUUGAUGCCACCAAAAGCAUGCCUGUGCCAGAUGUGCCUAGGCUAAGCGUGGCCAUGUGAAGGAAGAAGCUAAAAAUACAUUGUUACUUUUUUCUGAUUCACAUUAAUUUUUCCCCCUUUGUCUUCCAGCAUUUCCUGUGAUUCAGAAAGCCCAAUUUAUUUUUCACAGUAUGAAACAAUGGUUUCUAUUUUGUUAUAAUUUUUCUGUACCAGUAUGUGGGGUCACCUCUAACAUCUUGUCAAAAUUAAGAGGGCCUGGCAUGGUCGUUCAUACAUGUAAUCCCAGUGUGUCUGACAUGCAGGAGGACUGUGUUCAGGGCCAGUCUAGACUGGGCAGUGAGAGCCAAUGUAGGGUGAAAGAGUAGUUCUUCAUCACUUUGCUUUAUUUGUAGCUUCCUUUGCAGACUGUCUCACUCUGGUAAUUGCCUCAGGAAGACUGUAUGUAUCCUUUUAUGUUUAUACGUUAUGUCUUCAUGCUGUUUACAUGCUGGAAAAGGAGGGCCUAGGAAUGGAAGAAUGCAGUGUGUGUAAUGUCUGUGGGCUUUGGGGCGUAGUUUUUAUUAAAGAUGCUAAGACUGUUUUGUUCUUUGAGUAAGAACAUGUUUAUACUCAAGGCAUCACAACUUAGACGUCCAAUCCUUUUAAAAUGAAUGGUUUAAAGACAGAUGUUUAAACAGUGCUACUUAUCAUUGCUUAUCAUAUCACCGUUUGCACAUUGAAAAAACAUGGCUAAGCUUGGCAUCUUCAUCUGGAUUUUGUAGUAAAUGGUUAUUGCUUACUGAAA